AUGGUGUGGUGGGUGUGCUACGUCCCGGUAGCAGCCGCCGUCCGGCACGUUUGGGCGGACGACGACGACGACGACGACGACGAAGCUCUAGGCGGUGCCCGUGCAGAAGGGCAUCGCGACGACGAGCGGCGGGCGCGUUGGGCGGGCCUGUCGCACGGACGCUCCGACGUUGGUCGGGUUCGCGCCGAAGGACCUCCAGGACUGCGUGGGUCUGUCUUCGGCGGCGCAGCACGGGAGGAACAAGGCCAGGACAGGGAGGACUGGAAGGGCGCGGUGGCCCGGCACUCCGCGCGCCCGCCGAGCGGCGACUUGACAAGUAAGCGGCCCCGCGGCCUGGGACGGUCGAUGAUCUCGCAUCCCCGAUCGCUCCCCUCCACACUCUCUCCAUCGCAGCCUCCAUGGGAGUCGGAGUCCCCUGCGCGCCCCUCGUGCGUCCCCGUUCCAUUGCCUCGCUUCGAUUGGUGGUGCAAGGACGAGGACCGCGAGGGGGCGUUCUCUCAGCUCAGUGUUCGUUCGCGAUCGUCGCGCGCGACGCGCUCGCGGCGUCUUGACAAGUCGGCGGGCCUCGCUCCCCGCGCAGCCUCCAAGAGCCUCCAUGAGAGUCGGACUCGCCGUCCCAUCCCAUCCCCUCGCGGCCCCAGAGGGGCCGGGCCGCUAUCGCAUUCUAUCAGCGGCGUCGAAUGGAACCUCGAUCGAAGGAAGCUCUGGGAGCGUGCAGGCUCCCUCCCCCCGCGUCAGUCGGAGGAUUGUGCAUCACGCCCCCGUACGCCGUGCGCCGUGCGCCGUGCGCGGCAGACGGCGCAGCGUCGCUCGAUCCAGCAGGACGGGAAGGACGGGACGGACGGGAAGUGGAUGGAAUGGGACCGGACGCGCGAGGGAUGCACGGGGUCCCUCCCGCUGGACUCUGCCGCCGGGCUGCUGGCGCACCGGCGGCUCUGGUUGGCUCUGGUUGAUCGCACAGGAGGCCGCCGGGCGGCUGGCUGCGGCGGUGGCGGCUGGGCGCGGGGUGUCGCGGGGCCCUCGGCGAAAUCGCGGGCGAAGGCAGCGGGCGAGUGUGUGCGUGUGUGGCUGGGGGAGGGAGGGAGGCUCCGUUGUGGGCGGGGGACGCACGCUGGUGGAGAGGGGAUGAUGGGAUCACCGGGACUGGUCCUGCGCGCACUCGUUCUUCCACACUGUACUUCUUCCAUCCGGCCCUGUUGCGAGCCCGCGUCUGAUGAUCGCAUUGCACGCGGGCGCGGUGGGACAGGGCCCUCGGGCUGCCGCGUGUGUCUGACACUGCGCGCACGCACGCACGCACGCACGCACGCUCGCUCGCUCGACGACACGAUGCCCGCGAUGCCCGACCCGCCGUACCGCCGCCCCGCCGUGCCCAGCCCCACGUUCGUCCCGCCCCCCGUCGACGGCAGCCUCUCCAUCCCCCAGCUCUUCGACUUCCACGCCGCACACUCGCCGCACCACCCGCUCUUCGUCUACACCCCGUCUCCCUCUGCACACUCCACCACCACCGCCACAGACUGCCCGGAGAGCGCACGCGUCGUGCUGUCAUGGGCGCGCGUCGCGCGCGCGACCCAGAGCACGCGCACACCGUCGCCAUCCUCGCCCACGCAGGUCCGUCCGCCUCUCUCCCCCCGCUCUCCCCGCCCUCCCCGCCGCUCACCGUACCCUUGCCCUCUCCCGCGGCACACGCGCCCGCCCGCAGACUCGAUCGCGUUCACCGUGCUCCUGAUCGGCAUCAUGCGCGCCGGCCUCCGCCCCUUCCCCAUCUCCCCGCGCAACUCCCCCGCCGCCGUGCGCCACCUCCUCGCCGUCUCGCGCGCCUCGCACCUCUAUGCGUCCUUCCGCCCCGACGGCGGCGACGGCGGCCACAACGGUGACCAUGAUGGGGAGGACGACGACGACGCGAUCCACGCGCUCGUCCGCGCAGCUCUCGAGCCGCACCCCGACCACGCGGACGCAGAUGUGCACGAGGCCGUCGUCGUUCUGCGCGUGCCGACCUUCGACGAGCUUUUCGACGGCGCAGGCCACGAUGCUGACGCCGACGCCGACGCGCUCGCGCCACUCCCGCCGCAGGAUAUGACAGCCCCCGCCGUCCUGCUUCACUCUUCCGGUGCGCGCUUUCCCUAUGUACCCUCUUCCCCUCUUUCCUCUUCCCCACUUCCCACUUCCCGUCCCUUCCCCUUCCCUCCGUUCCUCCCCCGCUCCCCGCGCGCCCGCGCGCACGCGACACACGCAGGCACCACCGCGUUCCCGAAGCCCAUCGCGCUCACGCACGCCAUGAUGCUCCAAUGGGGCCGCAUCGCGCGUACGUCCCCUCCCUACCCCUCCCUUCCCUUCGUCCCCCUCAUCUCCCUCCCGCUCGAGUCCCCGCGCUCACUCUCCCUCUGCCGCCCCGACCGAUUGUACAGCAAGACGAACGUCUGCGGCCAUGUCAUCGGCGUGCACUCCGUACCCAUGUUCCGUGCGUUCUCACCCCACGCGCGCCCCUUCCCUUCCCGUCACAGCCCGAGCCGAUCCGAACUGACGCGACGCGACGCGCCCGCCGCCCAGACGCGAUGGGCGUCGCCUGCAUCUCCCGCGCCGUACGCACCCUCCCGUCCCCCCCCCUCCCUCCCUCCUCUUAUCACACCUUCUAACCACACCCUGACCACACAACGCCACCCCCAACCCCCAACCUACUUCCCCGCCCGCCGCGCGCGCCCCCCAGCCCAUCACCGGCCUCAUCCUCGCCGUCCUCCCCCCCCACACCCCGCCCCUCGCGCCGACCCCCGCCCGCGUCCUGUCCGCCCUCGAGGCCGACGCGUGCACGCUCAUGACCUGCGUCCCCAGCUUCCUCGAGGUGCGCCCUCUCCCCUCCCCACCUCCCCGCUCUCCCGCCCGCCGCGCACACGCACGCACUCACUUGGCCGUGGCUGUUAUUCAUUUUCGGCAUCGCGUCGGGCCUCGCACGCCGCGCAGAGCUGGUCCACAGACCCGCACGCGAUGCCCGCGCUCUCCGCGCUCCGCGCCCUCCCUCGUGUCCGCGCGCUCACGCACCCCUCCCCGCCCCGCCCCGCCCCGCCCCUCCAGUUCGUCACGGGCGGGCCCCUCAGCCAGGACGCAGGCGACCGCCUCGCGGCCGCCGGCGUCCCGCUGUUCUCGUACUACGCCGGCACCGAGGUUGGCCCCGUCACCGUCUUCCUCCCAGGUACGCACGCGCCUCCCCUUUCCCCUUCCUCCUCCUCCUCCUCUAUCUUCCCUCUCUCUCCUUUUGCACGCGCGGACGCACUGACCUCGGCCAUAGACAAGCGCGGGCCGAGCGCGGACUGGCAGUAUUUCGCCUUCUCGCCGCACUUCGAGGCGCACUUUGUUUCGCAGGAGGACGACCCGGGCGUCGUCGAGCUCGUCACCGUCGCAGGCCCGAGCUACACCCCAGCCGUCACGAACACGACCGUCGCCGGCCGCCCCGCCUUCGCGACGCAGGACCUGUUCGUGCGCCACCCGACGGACCCAGGCCGCUGGCGGGUCCUCGGGCGCGCCGACGAGCAGAUCAUGCUCUCCAGCGGUGAAAAGGUGGGCCCUCCAAGUCGUCCCCUCCAUGCCCGCGUCCGCGUGAUUGACCGACCCGUGCGGCUCUCCGCUCCGUGCCUGCGCGCGCCGACGCUGACGCUCUCUUUAUAUUUUUAUCUUUGUUUUUGGCGGUCGCUGCGCCCUGCAGAGGACGUAUUCUGCCGCGACCCGCGCGUCGAGCGCGCGCUCAUGUUCGGGCGCGGGCGGUUCCACAACGGGAUCCUGCUGCAGCUUCGCGCCGGUGCUGAUGCGGGCGUGCACCCGGGCACGCAAGCGGACGCGCUGCGCACGUUCUGCGCGUCCAUACAACCGCUCCUGGACCAGGCCAACGCCGCCGCGCCGUCCCACUCGCGGCUCUUCCCGGAGAUGGUUCUCGUCGCGCACCCCGACCGCCCGCUCAGCGUCACCGCGAAGGGCACCGUCCGCCGGCGCGCGUCCCUCGCCAUGUACGCCGACGCGAUCGACGCCGCGUACGAGGCGUUCGCGCGCGCCCCGCCGAGUAGCGCGGCACUGCAGGCGCUCGCCGAGCGCGGCGCGCCGGUGGACGCGGCCGCGGUCGCCGCGGUCGUGCGAGAGGUGAUCGGGCGCGCGCCCGACCGCGACAAGGACCUCUUCCAGCAAGGCUGCGACAGCCUGCAAGCGACGCGCAUCCGGAGCGUGCUGGUGUCCCUCGCCAGGGCGUCCGACGCCGGCUUGGACGCGGCGCGCGUCCCCGACGACGUCGUGUAUCGCUGCCCGACGGUCGCGCAGCUCGCCGCUUUCUUCGCGGGGCUCCGGGACGCGGGGGAGGACGCGGACGCGGACUCGAGUGCGGACGUCAGUGCGGGCGGGAGCGUGCGCGAGAUGGAGGACCUGGUGGCGAGGUUCGCGCCCGUACCCAAGUCCUCGGCGGUGGAGGGCGCGGCCAUGACAGUGCCUGUGUCCGUAAACGGCACGGCGGGCGACGUCGUGCUCGUGACGGGCACGACGGGGUCGCUGGGAUCUCAUCUGCUGCACGCCCUCGCCGGGCUUCCUACCGUGUCUAGAAUAUACGCGUUCAAUCGCGCCCAUCGCCACCAUCGCCACCACCGCCACCACCAUCACCACCAUCACCAGCCUGGAGCGCCCCAGUCUCUUCUGCACCGGCAGGAGGCCGCAAUGGCGGCGCACGGGUUGGACGCGUCUGUUCUUGCGGGACCGAAGAUUGUCCUGCUCGAAGGUGACCUCUCCGUAGAUGGGUGGGGUCUCGACAAGGAGCUCAUGGACGAGGUACGAGCCCUCUUCGCGCGCUCGCUGCCGGCUUUGUUGUAUGCUCACAGCGGAUCGCGCGCGCAGAUGCGCGAGAGCGUGUCGGUCGUCAUCCACACGGCGUGGACGGUCGACUUCAAGUGCCGGCUGGCGUCAUUCACGGACUGCCUCGCCGGCCUCCGCCGGCUCGUCGAGUUCUGCCUCCCCGCCGGACCCGGCAACGCCGCGCGCCCGCGCAAACUGAUCUUCACGAGCACGCUGAGCGUGUUUUACACCGCUGCAGACCAGCGAUCUAGCGAGGCUCCGACCAUCGUGGCAGAAGCGCCCCUGCCUGACCCCGCGAGCGCGCUCGGGACCGGGUACGCCGAGUCCAAGUGGGUCGCCGAGCGCGUCCUGCACGGCGCGGCGGAGGCGCAUGGCCUCGACGCGACCGUCGUGCGCGUCGGCCAGCUCUCUGGCGCGGACAACGGAUGCUGGAAGGUCGCAGAGUGGUUCCCGACGCUCGUCAAGGCGUCGCAGAUGAUCCGAUGCUUCCCAGAGAUCGACCGCGCGGUGUCGUGGUUGCCCGUGAGUGUUGCAGCGGCGGCGAUGUGCGACGUGCUGCACUGCCGCGCGCAGUACCUCCACCUCUGCCAUCCGCGCGCAACCCCCUUCUCGGCCCUCGCGGUGCCGCUCGCCGCAUCGCUCGACGUCCCGCUCGUGCCUUUCGGCACAUGGGCGCAGCGUUUACACGCCUUCCGGGCCGCGCAGGUGCAAUCGGAGUCCGCGGCGGCGGGGGCGGGUCUGGCGGGGGGCGAGGUGCGCGCGCUCGCGCUCGUUGACUUUCUCGCGCGGACGGACGCGGAGAGCGGGGAGCACGCGCUGAUGAGGGAGACCGGGGACGUGGCGCUGGAGGCGAUGCGCGCGUGCUCGGCGACGCUGGCGGCGCCCGGUCUGCGGCGUCUCGGGGAGGCGGACGCGCUGGGCUGGCUUGCGUAUUGGAGGGGGGUGGGGUGGAGCACCGUGCUCCUGGCCUCCACCAGCCUCGUCGCGGGCGCUGCGCACGGCCUCCAACAAGUCGCGUCCUUCGGCGCGAACCUGACCCACGCCGGGAUGUUCGUGUACAAGCCCGCCCAACUCGCCGCGCCCACGCCGCUCAUCGUCGCGAUGCACUUCUGCACGGGCACCGUCCAGAUCUUCUUCUCCGGCACGCAGUUCGCCAACCUCGCGGACGCGCAUGGCUUCCUCGUCGUCUACCCAAAUGUGCCAGACAGUGGCUGCUACUGCGACGCGCACACCCACCAUCAGUAA